AUUUAACAAAAGAAAAGCAAUAAUAAAACAACGUUUUGGAGAGCCGUAAUCAAAGGUCUUUGCAAUAAAAAAUAAAAAAAAAUAAUUGUUAUAAUAAUUGCCUUAGCUAGUCAGUUCAGUUUGUUUUUAGCCAAACAACAAGUUACUUGCAAUAACUUGUUUUAUUUUAUUAUUUGUUUUGAACGUUUAUUAAACAUCUUUUUGUGUUUAGUCAGUGUACAGCAGCGUAAUUGCUAACAAUCAUUAGACACUACUAGCAAGUGGUGAUUGGCAUCUGUGUUUAAUUCUAAAAAAAGUAAAUAAAAGUGUUCGAAAAAAGUGAAAUAGCAUUAAAAAAAAUAAUAAAAUGACUACAAAAGUUAAUCCCGACUUACAAAAAGAGCGCAAUAGUGCCACCUUCAAUACAGAGGAGUUUACAUUAUGGUGGUGUGGUGGACGCAAAAAAUAUGAGGAGCGUAAAGCUUUGGAAAAACGAUUUCUUGAGGAUCCAGAUCUAAAAGAUGACUUACCCAUUUCGUAUAUGUCUCACAAAGAGUUGUACGAGCACAGUGUACGUAAGGCGGUAAGAAUUGCCGAAAAAAUACGAGAGUUGCGUGACAAUGGCGAAGAUAGUGUUGAUACUUACAGUGCCCUGUUGGGAGGUUCCUUGGGCACAGCUUUACUAAAAGAAGGCAAUCCCAUGAGUUUACAUUUUGUCAUGUUUGUACCUACAAUCAUGGGUCAAGGCACUAUAGAACAACAGGUCGAAUGGUUAAGUAAAGCUUGGGAUUGUUCUAUAAUUGGUACAUAUGCUCAAACGGAAUUGGGUCAUGGUACUUUUUUGCGUGGCUUGGAAACGCGAGCGGAUUAUGAUGCCACUACACAGGAAUUUGUUUUGAAUUCACCCACGAUAACUUCAUAUAAAUGGUGGCCAGGAGGAUUGGGUCAUACAGCCAAUCAUGCUGUGGUUGUGGCCCAACUUCAUACACAGGGUGAGUUCCGUGGUUUAGCUCCAUUUAUUGUGCAGGUGCGUGAUGAGGAGACACACAUGCCUAUGCCCGGUAUAGACAUUGGAGAAAUUGGCACUAAAUUGAGCAUGAAAUCGGUUAAUAAUGGCUAUUUGGGUUUCAAAAAUGUACGCAUUCCUCUCAACAAUAUGUUAAUGAAAAAUCAGAAAGUUUUACCCGAUGGCACAUAUGUACCGCCCAAAAACUCUGUACUAACUUAUGGUACUAUGAUGUUUGUGCGUGUUGCUCUUAUACGUGAUGCUGCCUUGGCUUUAGCUAAGGCCUCUACCAUUGCUUGUCGCUAUUCGGCCAUACGACGUCAAAGUCCCAUCGAUCCCAAUCAACCCGAACCUCAGAUUAUGGAUCAUACGACACAACAACUUAAAGUGUUUCCCCAAAUCGCUAAAGCUAUAGUAUUUAAGACUAACGGUGACAAUAUUUGGAAUAUGUACAAUCAAAUAUCGCAUGAAAUUGAAAAGGGUGAACUGGAACGUUUGCCAGAAAUGCAUGCCUUAUCCUGUUGCCUCAAGGCCAUUUGUAGUACUGAUACAGCGGCUGGUAUUGAAACAAGUCGCCUUUCUUGUGGUGGUCAUGGUUUUAUGGAUUGUUCCAAUUUCCCCACCCUUUAUGGCAUGGCUACGGCGGUGUGCACUUAUGAGGGUGAAAAUACUGUUAUGUUGUUGCAGACUGCCCGUUACUUGGUAAAAGUUUAUGGUCAAGCUUUAGAGGGUGCUAAACUGGUGCCAACUGUGUCGUAUAUUGAAGAGGCUAUUAAGCAGAAAGAAUUCAUAAAUUUUGAUGGUUCUUUGGAAGCAAUUGUUAAGGCCUUCCAGUUUGUGGCAGCCAACAAAAUUCGCAUAGCUUAUGAACGCUUGGAGGAACGUCGCAGACAGGGUCAUGGUCCUGAAGUAGCUGCCAAUUUAUGUGGUAUUGAAAUGACUCAAGCUGCUGAUCUUCACGGUCGCUCCUUCUUAGCCUCAUCUGCUUUAUUUGAAUUGCAAAAUCUAUCCAAACAAGUAUCACCAGCUUUGGGUGAGGUGUUGAAAACUAUUUUGGAAUUGUAUUUAGUGGAUGCUUGUCUGAAUCGUAUUGGCGACUUCUUAAGGUUCAUUAGUUUUACGGACAAAGAAGUGGGACAAUUGGAAUUACGUUUACAAAACUGCCUUAAACGUUUGCGUCCCAAUGCUGUGGCACUAGUAGAUGCUUUCGAUAUAGAUGAUCGUAUUCUUGACUCAGCUUUAGGUGCCUGGGAUGGUAAUGUGUAUGAGAGAAUGUUUGAGGCCGCCAAAAAGAGUCCAUUAAAUAAGGAACCGGUUAACGCAUCAUUCCAUAAAUACUUGAAACCAUUUAUGAAAGCAAAUCUGUAAAUUGUAAAUAUUUAUUAAACCAAAUAUUUGUUUUAAGUGAUUAUCAGUUUUAUGUAAAUAAUUUUAUUUAAUUAGAUUUUGUUUGUUAACAUUUUACCUUCCUUCUUCCAUAGACAUAACAACUUUAUGCGGAGGUAGUAAAUGUUAAUGUUGUUUUUUUUAAUUUUAUACUAAGCUUUUUAUAAAUAAUAAUAAAUUAGUAAACACAA